AGGAAAAUCACAAGCAUGACAUGGUUCGCACGUGUGUAAGAGUACACGUGCGAGUUGCCGGGCGCGGGAAUGGCGACGGGGAGCCGAUGAUAAGAGCGCGGGGCAUCGGAGUGAGAUCCCCCAACAAGGUCGCCGGAGAACUCGCGGAGACCGGAGAUGAAGGGAAGGAGCCUCCCGAUCAUCACCUUCGAGCACAAGAGGGAUACAUAUGGAUUUGCGGUGCGGCCUCAACACUUGCAGAGGUACCGGGAGUACGCCAACAUCUACAAGGCAAUGAGGAGGAAGAGGAGAGAUCGGAGCGGUGGAAGGACUUCUUGGAGAGGCAGACAGAGGCUGGCGAUGUGCUCCAUGACAAUCCUCCAGCUGAGGAAAGUAGUGUCACUUCACCAGUUGCACAGGAAGAACAACCUGAGGAAACUAGUCUUGAGGGCAGAGGUUACCCAGAGGAACUCACCUCAGAAGAGGAAGUUGCAAAUGUGGAUACCAAAACUCAUGAGAUCCAGAAGUGGGCUCCCCUUAGUGCUUCUCUCAGUGCCAUUGAACAGUUGAUGAGUGUUCGUGUCAAGAAAAGGAGGAACUUUUCUAAAGAUGAUCAGGUUGGUGGAAAAAGUGGGGAUGGCUUAGCUUCGAUAGAUGAGGGGAGGCCGGUUAAAGGGGCAUCAGAAGAGGACUCAGAAGAAGAGUUUUAUGAUGUGGAGAAGGCAGACCUGGUGCAGGACGUAGCUUCCAGUGACGGAACAGGUACUGAUUUGGGCAGUCAAUACCUCUUCCCCCCUUGGAGGGAAGAGUUGGAAAGCCUGGUCCGCGGGGGAGUCCCAAAGGGUCUUAGAGGAGAGUUGUGGCAAGCCUUUGUGGGAGUGAGAGCACGCCGGGUGGAGGGUUACUACCAGGAUCUGCUGGAUUCAGAAGCUAAGAGCAGUGAUGAUAAAGAAAUUAACAGCACAUGUGACAUUGCCGAGAAACCGCAAGGAUGUGUUAAUGAAAAAUGGAAAAGACAGAUAGAGAAGGACUUGCCAAGGACAUUCCCUGGGCAUCCUGCAUUGGAUGAAGAUGGCAGAGAUGCUUUGAGGCGGUUGCUCACAGCAUAUGCUAGGCAUAACCCAUCAGUUGGCUAUUGCCAGGCCAUGAAUUUCUUUGCAGGCAUAUUAUUAUUGCUGAUGCCCGAGGAAAAUGCAUUUUGGACUUUAUUGGGCAUAAUUGAUGACUACUUUGAUGGCUACUAUUCUGAGGAAAUGAUAGAGUCUCAGGUGGAUCUACUUAUCCUUGAGGAGAUAGUGCGUGAGCGAUUUCCCAAACUGGUUAAUCAUCUUGAUUACCUGGGAAUUCAGGUCACAUGGGUUGCUGGUCCUUGGUUCCUUUCCAUUUUUGUCAAUAUGCUUCCUUGGGAAAGUGUUCUUCGUGUGUGGGAUGUGCUUCUCUUUGAUGGAAAUCGUGUAAUGUUAUUCCGCACAACACUUGCAUUGAUGGAGUUAUAUGGUAUUCCCCAGACACUUAAGUCUGAUAUAUGUUUUUCUGCCAGUUGCUGGAGCCCUGCAUUAGUGACUACCAAGGAUGCUGGAGAUGCAGUUACGUUAUUGCAGUCUCUUGCUGGUUCUACCUUUGACAGCAGCCAACUUGUCCUAACUGCUUGCAUGGGUUAUCAAGCUGUGAAUGAAACAAAACUCCAGGAGUUAAGAAAAAAGCAUAGGCCUGACGUUAUAGCUGCCAUGGAGGAAAGGUCCAAAGGGCUUGGUGUUUUGAAUGGUUCCAAGGGUCUUGCUACCAAGCUUUAUAGUUUUAAACAUGACCCAGGAUCUCUCUUGUCCAAAACAGCAGAAAAUUUAGGUGACACAAAUGGGGAUGCUCACCUUUCUCAGCCUGAGUCUUCAGAUAGUGGAGGUUUUUUGAACAGUGAAAUGGUGGAUGCUGAAUUUGAUUCUGUGCCUCAUCUUAAAGAACAGGUGGCAUGGUUGAAGGUUGAGUUAUGCAGGCUCCUCGAGGAGAAAUGGUCAGCUACUCUCAGGGCAGAAGAAUUGGAGACAGCUCUUAUGGAGAUGGUUAAGCUAGAUAAUCGGCGCAUCCUGAGUGCCAAGGUUGAACAGUUGGAGCAAGAGGAAUCUGAGUUGCGCCAGCUUCUCGCAGAUAAACAGGAGCAAGAGCAUGCAAUGCUUCAGGUUUUGAUGAGGGUCGAGCAAGAACAAAAAGUGACCGAAGAUGCUCGCAUAUUUGCUGAACAAGAUGCUGCUGCUCAGCGUUAUGCAACACAUAUGCUACAGGAGAAAUAUGAAGAAGCCAUGACUUCACUGGCACAAAUGGAGAAAAGGGCUGUAAUGGCAGAGACAAUGUUGGAAGCCACCUUGCAGUAUCAGUCUGGUCAGGUUAAAGCGCAUCCGUCUCCCUCUCCUUCUCCGAGAACUCCGAGAGGGGACCACGCAACUGGCAUGCCCAACCAAGAAUCAUCUCAGGAGGCACCGACAUGGAAAAUGGGCUUUAGACCUUUUGGUCUUGGCUGGCGAGACAAAAACAAGGGUAAACCAAGUACCAACGAGGACUCGAGUGAUGUCAAACAUCUUAACGAUGGAACCCCAUCCAUCAACACUCCACAGAAAGAUACGAACAACCAUCAAGAAUCAAGAUGAGAAACUUAAUUGAUCAAGGGCAUGCCGUAUAUCUCAGUGCACCACCUCCUUGUGUCACCAGACAGUCAUACAUCCCAUGUUCAUCUUGUAUUGUAGUGAGAACAUCCCGUACGGUAUACACAGAAGAGCGGAUGGCAUUAGAUCGAUCACCGGCUUGUUUCUUCUUCUCGUACUGGCUUAAAUGCUCGUAGAUUUCUUCAUCAGUCUGCAGUUUUUGCAUAAUUUAGAUGUAUAGGCUUGCCAUCCAUUGUUUCAUUAAUUAUCAAUAAACACCAGCAGUGAUGAUGAGAGUAGAGUAAGAGUUUAGCUCGUAGCGUAAAGUUAUGCCACAGGUUGCCAUGUUGGUUUAUUUCUUUAAGUUAUACAAGUAAACCCUUGCCUGUUCGUCCUACAUGUAAACUCAUAAUCUUAUGCUGACUUUUUAGCUAAACUGCUAUUUGUAUAUAUUAUUACUAUGGAUCUGUUUGAUACGCGAAGUUUUAAGA